CUGGCAGAGAUAGGAGGUCAAGUGACUUUGGUGACUCAGGGCUUUUUUGGAAGGAACAGUUGGUCUCAGGAGAGCGAGCCCCAACGCGGGAUAGGAGCCCUGACGCUGAUUACCAAGGACUAAGCCCUUGUGUAAUGUUCAUCCCUCGUUGGGCACUGGAACAGUCAGGGAAAUAACCAGCUGACAUGACGUCUAAAUUGGAAUAUGAUAAAGACUUGGAAGCAGCGUUUGGAAGUUAUGAUGACCCUGAUGAAACCAUAGCCAGCGAUGACCAUCCCUUCCAGGAGACCCCUGCCCCUUCAUUUCCUGCUGAAACUCCAUCCUUCAUCCCACCCAAACGUGGAGUGGAAGAGGCAUAUGUGGAGUUGCAGGAGCUAGUCAUGGACCCUAAUAAUGAUAUGCACUGGGUGGAGGCUGCUCGCUGGCUUAAGAAUGAAGAAGGCUUCCAGGAAGAUCUGAAGCAGUGGGGAAAACCUCAGCUGUCCUACCUCACAUUCCGCAGCCUGCUGGAGCUACGUCGGUCUCUAAAAAAAGGCACAGUGAUUCUAGACCUGGCGGAAAAAACUCUUCCUGGAAUCUCCAGUCAUGUCAUUGAUCAGCUGAUUUAUGAAGGUCGUCUCCAUCCUGAUAACAGGGAGGAAGUCCUGAGAGCCCUACUUCUACGCCACAACCAUCCAGAUGAAGGUGGUUCUAAAGGAGACCCUGAGAGUGAACAGCCGUUGAUUCACCAGAUCGAGAUGAAGACCAUAGAAGAAAAGCCACAUGUGAAAGGGAAGCUGUCUGAAAGAGUACCAGAGAAUGCUGAAGCCUCAGUGGUCCUGGUUGGCUGUACUAAUUUCCUGGAGAACCCCACAGUGGCUUUUGUACGUCUGAAGGAGGCCGUCCAUCUGGACUCCGUCAUUGAGGCUCCUCUUCCUAUCAGAUUCAUGUUCAUCCUUCUUGGCCCUAAGAACGCCACCACCAGCUACCAUGAAGUGGGGAGGGCUGUAUCCAGCAUGAUGGCUGAAAGAGUGUUCCGCACAGAGAUGUACCUUGCUGGUGGCCGCGAGGAUCUUCUCCAGUCCUUAGAUGGCUUUUUGGAUUGUUGCAUAGUUCUUCCUCCCACUGACUCCACAAAUGAACAGCUACUGAAGGAUCUGGUGCCAGUUCAGCAGAACCUACUGAGGAAGAGAUACCAGGAGCUGAAAAUUGUGCCAGGUGGACACAAAGAUCAACACAAAGAAGAACCUCAAGAAGACCCCUUGCAGAGAACAAGAAAGCCUUUUGGUGGUCUGGUUCGUGACAUCAAAAGACGUUACCCCCAGUACCUCAGCGACAUACGUGAUGCUCUGAACCCGCAGUGUCUGGCUGCUAUUAUCUUCAUCUACUUUGCUGCCCUGGCCCCUGCCAUCACCUUUGGAGGUUUAAUGGCUCAGAAGACAAAUUCAUGGAUGGGCGUCCCAGAACUGAUGGUGUCUACGGCUGCUCAGGGUGUUCUCUUCUGUCUCUUUUGUGCCCAGCCUCUACUUAUUCUAGGUUUCUCAGGACCACUUCUGGUGUUUGAGGAAGCCUAUUUUAAUUUCUGCGACAGCCAAGGCAUUGAGUACAUCACAGGUCGCGUGUGGAUUGGAUUGUGGCUGAUCCUGAUUGUCCUCGUUGUCGUGGCCUGCGAGGGCAGCUUCUUGGUUCGCUUCAUCUCCCGAUUCACACAGGAGAUCUUUUCCUUCCUCAUCUCACUCAUUUUCAUCUAUGAGACAUUUUUCAAUGUAGCCAAGAUCUUCAUAGCACAUCCUCUCCAGGAGUCUUAUAACGUAACCCACGUGUUUUUACCAACCUAUCCCCAACCAAACACAGCUCUGCUCUCUCUCCUUCUCAUGGUUGGAGCCUUCUUUAUCGCAUACUUCUUCCGUCAGUUCAAGAACAGUAGCUUCUUCCCUGGCAAGCUGCGUCGUAUCAUGGGAGACUUUGGUGUCCCUAUCGCCAUUCUCAUCAUGGUGUCAAUUGAUUUUCUUAUUAAGGAUACAUACACAAAGAAACUGAGCCUUCCCAAGGGUCUUAGUGUCUCCCGACCCCAAGAACGUGGCUGGUUUAUCUCACCACUGGGACUAAACAGCACUGCAGAUCCUUUCCCUAUCUGGAUGAUGUUUGCCUCUAUAGUUCCUGCCUUGCUGGUCUUCAUCCUCAUCUUCAUGGAAUCCCAGAUUACCACGCUCAUCGUCAGUAAACCAGAGAGGAAAGCAGUGAAGGGCUCUGGAUUCCAUUUGGAUCUCUUGCUAAUUGUGGGAAUGGCUGGUGUGUGUGCCCUCUUCGGAUUACCCUGGCUCAGUGCCACAACAGUGCGUACAGUCAGCCAUGCCAAUGCUCUCACCGUCAUGUCUAAAGGAGAGAAGCCUCAGAUAGAGCGUGUUAUCGAGCAACGAAUUACUGGAAUGCUGGUGGCCCUUCUUGUGGGUCUCUCAAUCUUAAUGGAACCAGUUCUCUCCCUCAUCCCACUGCCCGUUCUAUUUGGUAUCUUCCUGUACAUGGGCGUCACCUCUCUGAACGGAAUACAGCUGUUUGAUCGGAUCCUGCUAACUCUAAAGCCUCCUAAAUAUCAUCCCAAGGAGUCCUAUGUCACUCGGGUAAAGACCUGGCGCAUGCAUGUUUUCACUCUGAUUCAGGUCAUCUGCCUGGUGGGGCUAUUCGCAGUGAUGUUAACCCCUGCCUCCCUGGCUCUGCCCUUCCUCCUCAUCCUCACCGUGCCAGUCCGCAGAUUCCUUCUUCCCCUAAUCUUCUCCAACCUGGAACUCAAGUGUUUGGACGCAGACGGCGCUUCUGUCAACAUGGAAGAAGAAGAAGGUCAAGAUGUCUACAACGAAGUUCAAAUGCCUGUUUAAAUUUCCUUUAGUCAUCGUGAAGUUUUUAUGUCACACUGCCAAUGGAAAAUUAGCGUUAAAAAAAAAA